GCAGCACUCAGCCAAUCAGAGCAGAGGGGGAGGGAAGGAAGCGGAUGGGUAGCAACAGUUGCCCUGGUGAGGACGAAGCACCAUAGCCACGGUAGCCCUGGCGACAAGAACCCAGCAACGAGAAUCAACAACAACAACAACUGAACCCGCCAUAAAAAAUAAAAGAAGACAUUUAACCGGUGGGAAAUACACACGUGGAUACAGAGUGUGAUUCCCAGCUGUUGUCAUGGCCACAUCAGGCUACGUAGGUGAGAUCCAACCAGCGGCUCAACCCCAGGGGGUGACUGUGACAACGGGGCAACCGGAUGCCAGUUCGAGCCCUACAACUGCCCCUCAGUUUCUGGCUGAGAUUCAGGCUACCGUGGCCACUCCCACUAUUAUCACAUCCACAGACCAAACUACUCCCACUGAUCAAGCCACCUCCAUCACCACUCCGGAGCCUGCAGAUGUUAGUCAAGCCCAGUCCACAGCACAGGUCCAGCCUCCUCAGACACAGUAUGUGACUGCAGAGAUCCAGGGCUCCCCCACACAGUCUGGACAUUCUCAAAGCACUCCUCAGUACAUCGUCGUUACUGUCACAGAGGGCUCCCUUCACUCGAGUGACAGCUUCUCAGACUCCAGCCCCCCUUCAGCUGUGGUGCAAACAGGAGUUCCCACGCAGGUUGUUCAGCAGGUACAGGCUGGUCAACAGAGGUCAGUGGUGCAGGCCACCUCUCAGAUAGCCAAGACUGAGCCAGGCACUCAGCUCAGUGUCACCAGUCUACAGCCUGUUCAUAUCAGCCAGGAGGUCCAGCAGCAGCUCACACCAGUGCCAGUGCAACAUGUCUUUGCCAAUCAAGUGCAGUAUGUGGAUGGAGAGACCAACUACACAACCAGCACCAUGCGUUCCAGCACUUUUCCCUACACUGACACUCCCUUGUACACCCAGACCACAGCUGCCCAGUAUUAUGAAGGUCAGCCAACUUCAGGCUCACAGGCUUCCACCACUGGCACACCUCUACCGGUCUCUGUCAAUGCUGGCACGACAGGGGGUGUGUCCAUGUUUGUUGCCCAGUCCACCAGUGCAGGAGGGGGAGGGGCCACCGUGGUGAGCACAGGUGGCACCACCAAUGGGUCAGAAGAUGGUGCAGGCACCAACGGGGGCGCAGCAGGCAGCUAUGUGAUCCAGGGGGGUUACAUGCUGGGCAGCAGCAGCGGAGGGGCAGCUGGCAACAGUCAGAACUACUCACACACCGCCCGCGCCUCCCCAGCCACUGUGAGUAUUACAGAGGGCGAGGAGGGUAGCGUGCCGUCGGCAGACAAGAAGGUACAGUGGUUGCUGGACAACUACGAGACAGCAGAAGGAGUGAGUCUGCCACGUUCCACCCUCUACUGCCACUAUCUGCUGCACUGCCAGGAGCAGAAGCUCGAGCCUGUUAAUGCUGCAUCUUUCGGGAAACUCAUUAGAUCUGUGUUCAUGGGGCUACGCACACGACGCCUGGGCACACGGGGUAAUUCUAAAUACCACUACUAUGGGCUGAGGAUCAAGGCGGGCUCUUCUCUUCUCCGCCUGAUGGAAGACCAGCAGCAUCUGGCCAUGAGGCAGCAGCCCUUCUCACAGAAACAGAGGUUGAAGCCUGUGCAUAAAGUAGAGGGACUGACCAACGGCACAGCAGCCGGAGCCGGCCAGCAGCAACAACAGCAGCCGGGGUCAGGGCAGGUGGACAUCAGCACCCAGGUUCAGCAGUACCAGCAGUUCCUAGAUGCAUCCCGAGCUCUCCCUGAUUUCCCCGACAUCGACCUCCAGGGGAAGUCUCUGCCAGAGGGAAUUGAGCUGGAGCACAUAAAGAGCUUUCAGCUGCUGUACAGAGAGCAUUGUGAGGCCAUACUAGAUGUGAUGGUCAACCUGCAGUUUACCCUGGUGGAAACUCUGUGGAAGACCUUCUGGAGGUUCGGCCAGAAUCAGGCUGGAGAUGCCACGUUGGCUGUUCAUGACGAGUCAGAGAAGCGCCUCCCUAAGUCCUGUUUGGUGGUGCUGUGCAAGUAUGACCCAGUGCUGCGCUGGAGUCGGGACUGUGACAACAGCCUGUACCAGGCCCUGGUGGAGAUCCUCAUCCCUGAUGUCCUGAGGCCCAUCCCCAGUGCCUUAACUCAAGCCAUCCGCAACUUUGCCAAGAGCCUGGAGAGCUGGCUGACCAAUGCCAUGAUGAACAUCCCGGAGGAAAUGGUCCGCAUCAAGGUAACAUCAGCCAACGCAUUUGCCCAGACACUGCGUCGCUACACCAGUCUGAACCAUCUCGCCCAGGCAGCCCGCGCUGUCCUCCAGAACACGGCCCAGAUCAACCAGAUGCUCUCCGACCUGAACCGCGUCGACUUCGCUAACGUCCAGGAGCAGGCUUCAUGGGUGUGCCGGUGUGAAGACCGUGUCGUCCAGCGGCUGGAGCAGGACUUCAAGCUGACCCUCCAGCAGCAGAACUCCCUGGAGCAGUGGGCUGCGUGGCUGGAUGGAGUCGUCUCCCAGGUGCUCAAGCCCUACCAGCAGAGCCCCGCCUUCCCCAAAGCCGCCAAGCUCUUCCUACUCAAGUGGUCCUUUUACAGUUCCAUGGUGAUCAGGGACCUGACCCUGAGGAGUGCAGCCAGCUUUGGCUCCUUUCACUUGAUCCGCCUGCUGUACGAUGAGUACAUGUACUACCUGAUAGAGCACCGAGUGGCCCAGGCUAAAGGAGAAACCCCCAUUGCUGUCAUGGGAGAGUUUGCCAGUUUAGGCCGGGGUCUACAGCUGGAUCCUGACAAAGAAGAGGAAGAGGAGGAGGAUGAGGAGAGUGACGACGAAGGUCAGGAGCUGUCUCUUCCCUCAGACGCGGUCGUGCUCGGAGACGAGUCCUUGGAGCCGCCCGCCAAGCUGGCCCGGAUGGACCAGAGAGUCCUCUUCAUGACCGGAUCGCCGGACAUCUAAACACAACGUAACACAGAUAGACGCGUGUUGAUUAUAUUGAAUUACACACACACACACACACACACACAUGGAUGUACAAAGAACACUACUUUAUACACUUGACACAUGUAUAUAGAUCUUGUAAAUGUGUGUGCAUACUGUAACUGUCCCACUUGUUUACGCACACACAAUCAAAACAUCGAGUUCUGCUGUCGCACCAUUGAUUCCAGACCAGUCUUUGGCAGUGCAAUAGGAAGUGGCUUCAAAACCCAGAGGAACACAAAGCAUUUCAACCCUCAGUUGUAUUGAUCUGUAAAAAUGAACUAAAGCCAGGCAUGUUUUUUUGUCCUCACAUCUCAACCUGUAGCCUCGCUGCCUCCUUGCUGAGGAGCUACUGCUCACCCUCGAUCCUCCUAAAACUGUCACUGCCAUAUCAAAGUGGUCUUGAAAAUACUGUGAUGUGUGUGUGUGUGUGUGUGUGUGUUUGUGUGUGUGUAACGGUAGCUUCUACAGGAGGGAGCCAAGUCGACCUGUUAACAGAAACAGCAGAAUUCAGUUGUUGAUAAUUUAUUGAAUACUGAGGGAAGCUGUUUUGUUCCUGAGGGACAGCAGACAGCAUUUUGGGGUGGGUGAUCUCUCUGUGUGUGUGUGUGUGUGUGUAGGUGUGUGUGUGUGUGUGUGUGUGUGUGUGUGUGUGUGUGUGUGUGUGUGCAAUGGGGGUCACAUCGCUCUGCUGUUAUUUCUGGAGGCUGAACAUGCUUUUCCAUGAUGGAGUGUGUUCACCUGUGUGUGUGUAUAUAUGUGUGUGUGUGUGUGUGUGAGAGAGUGAUUCAUGCCAAGUGUUGAUGGUUUUCUUCUGUAUAUAAUUCAAGGUAUUCAUUCAGGCUUUGAUUUGGGAGACGUGUAUAGAUUUCCUGUUUGAUUUGAUUUGCCUGUAAAGACACCGUUCUUGUGUUCUUGGAGUGCCUGUCGCAGCUGCCACACACACACACACACACACACGUAAAGAUAAAGCUACGGCUGUGCAAUCGGGGCUCCUAUUAGUUGCUGCAAAAAUCCUCUCUUUAAUUGAACAUCUGGUUCCGUGAGAGAGGUACUCUACGUGUCAUAUUUAUAUGUUCAAAGUUCUUCAUUCCUGUCCAUCCAAUAAGUUCCUCUGUGCCUCACUUUCCUUUGAUGUAUACUUUUCCUGCCUUAUCUCAAUAUACUUUCCAGUGUGUGUGCCAAACCUGUGCACUUUUACCCCAGAAUCCACUGUUUUUAAAUAACCUUUCUACAUUUUAACGAGGACUGUGCCUGAGUAAGAACGGUGAUGUACUUAUAUUCUACUGUAUAUGUAUCCACUAUUUUGAAUUUUGUUGUCACUAAGUGAACCUCUUGUGCAGUGUAUGGUGCUGUGUCGUCACACAUUGUAAACAACCUUUGUGUGCAUUAUUGCUUUGUGAUUGUACGUUCAGUUAUCAAUCCUAUAUCAUAUCUGAUGACUUUUUCCACAAACAGGCUAAGGCCCUGCCUCUUUGCACAUAUUGAAUAUAGUCACCACAUCUCUGACAGUUACCUAAAAUGAUUUUUGCUCAUUUUUCUUUAAAGUCUUAGGUGUGUGUCUUUUAUUGGUGGAGUGCAGGUGUCAUAUUUCGUACCGCUCGUGUGGUUCAGUGGUGAGAGGCGAGAUGGCUCUUUCUGCACAGCCCUCCGCCGACACUCAUCUCCCUCCCCCGUGCUCUCAUCUCACUUGUGUUCUCGCCCUCCUGCCAAUGGCUUUGUUUUGCUUCAGACAUUCAUAUUCGUAAACACUGUUCGUCACGAUUGGUUGUCGUAAACAUGUCAUUUCUGGGAUUUUUGAAUACAAUGUCAUGUUUUCAACAAGCAUUGCCUGUUUGAAACCAGCACAUCGUCCUCGAAGUGGAGUCCAAUGCUAUUACAGCCGAGUACAUAUCACUCCAGUCUUUAAAUGAUCUACAGCAUAUAGAAUGGCCAUUGUUUACCCGGUAAGAGGAACAUGUUUAGUCAUUUUUAUUAUGCAUUGUUUCUCAUGUACAUAACUAAUUGAGAAAAAAAAAGAUGUUCAGUGGCAGUGUUUUAUGAAUUGGGUCUGCUCUAAGUAUGACUGUGCCUUUGGAGGUGGUAGAAUGCAAUUCAGAUGUUUUUAAUUUUAAAGAUAUAAAUUAAAGAAUUUUUAAAAUUG